AUGAAGGUCUUCUGUCUGCGGUCCAAGUCUGAUAGUGAAGACUGCACCAAGAACUAUAUUCUCAAGAUUCAGACGCAGUUCGGCAAGAAGAUCAAGUUCGUUCGGCAUGAUGGAGCGCAUAAGUUCGCGAACAACUCGAUCAAGACCUUCUACGAAGAUCAAGGCAUAGAGCAGCAGGUCACAUUGCCGUAUGCACACCAGACCAACGGCACUGCAGAACGCGCAAUACGGACCAUCGUCACGAUCGGACGCAGCUUGCUGCAUCAUGCAAAUCUGGAGAGGUGUCUCUGGGCUGAAGCGGCAAUGAAGGCGAUCUACAUCAAGAACCGACUGCCUUCACCCAAGAUCGACCACAAGACUCCGUUCGAGAUCGUGUACAAGUCGAAACCAAGUAUCAAGCACAUGCGUGUGUUUGGAUGUUAA